AUGUUUUCUAACUCUUCUUCACAGAUUGUCCCUCCUUCUUCAGUUACCAUUAUUGGGCCUCCAGAGAUGGUGGAAAAUUACGGUGGCGAUCAUGCAACAAUGAUGAUAUCCAACAACGGUCUUCCUCAUCAGCGGAUGGACGCUGAUCAGGCUCCUGAAGAUCCCAACAUUGGUUAUGUUCUAAAUGUCGAACCUUCAUCUCCAAAAAGAAGGGAAGAUGACGUAUCAAACAUGAUUGGAGCCAUAAGAACGGGCAGAUACAAUGAAGGGGUCAAAAUUCAAAUGGAAAGUGAAGAAAACAAUCUUGACGAUGGUUAUAGCUGGAAAAAAUAUGGUCAGAAACUCAUCAGGGGGAACCCAAAUGCGAGGAGUUACUACAAAUGCACAUUCGUUGGGUGCAACGUGAAGAAGCAUGUGGAGAGAAGAGCAGACAAUGUGAAGUCAUUGGUGAUUACAUACUAUGGGAAUCAUGAGCACGCUGCACCAGUUCACCGCAGAAAGUGUUACCUUCUAAAGAAGCGGCCAGGUUCUUCAAUGUCUCAAGAUGCUAGCAAUAAAACCCCUCGGUUAGGCAGGCCACCUUCUUCCUCUUCGGCCUUUCAGGUUUUCUCUCCUUCGUUCGAGCCACACCUUGAUAUGACACAAAUCAAUAUGACUGGACUCUCUAAACUGCCGAGUUUACCAGCCAACCAGAAUGAUGAACCGAAGAUUGAUCGUGCCUACCCGAUGGUACAUAGGUAUACAUGGGGAUAA